AUGGAAUCAAUGGAAUUGUUUAAGAAAAUGAUUGUUGUUGGUUGUAGGCCUAAUGUGAUCACUUGCAACACUUUGAGUGGUGGAUUGUGUAAAACAAGGAAGAUAAGUGUUGCCAUUAAGGUUCAUGAAGAGAUGGCUGGAUUGGUUGAGAACGCUAGACAAUUAUUUUUGGAACAUAUGAUUCAGAGAGGUGUGGUUCCUGACAUUUAUACUUACAACAUUUUGAUAAACGGUUAUUGCUUGAAUAAAGAAGUCAAUGAAGCUCUUAGUCUUUAUCGAGAGAUGAUUUCAAAAGGAAUGUUAACUGGCUUUUUUCUUAUAGCAAAGGUGAAAGAUGCACAGAAUUUAGUUGGUGAGAUGCAACUUAAUGAUGCUUUUCCUGAUUCUUCGACAUAUAACAUUCUCAUUGAUGGACUUUGCAAGAACAGAUGUGUUUUGGAAGCAUUGGAAAUGUUUAGUACUCUAGUAAUUAAUAAGUUUGCAGUUGGCAUUGAAGAGCAGAAUCCUGCAAAAGUUCAUCCAGCUGCCCAAAUGAUCUAUAUUGGUUACGAUAAGCAGAAGGUUCCUUCCUGUAACGAUGAUCGUGGUGAUUUGGUUGAUAUGGGAUUUCAAAUUGCUAUUGAAAUCUAUGAAGCAGCAUGGUCUAAAAAUGCACUCGUGUAA